UCCCAAAGUUCAGAUGUUAAUCGGAUUACAAAUAGUAUUUAAACAGGGACUUUUCAGAAUUUGCAUGUUAGAAUCUGUAGCAUGGUUUCAUACACAAUUCAAUUGUCCACAAUGCAAGUCUUUUGCUUCCUAGUCAUUUUAACCACUGCUUUUGCUCUUCCGUUCCCAGAAGAACCUAGCAAUGCUGAUGUUGAAAGGUAUUAUAAUGCGAGAAAAGAAGCCAUGAAAAAUCCAGAUGUAUUUGAUGGAGAUAUGCUUGGAAUUGAUAGAAUGCUCGAAGAAGACAGAAAUGGUCAACGAUUAAAAGUUUUCAGGUGGCCUAAUGCUGUUAUACCGUAUUACAUUCACACGGACAUUAAUGACGAAAAGCGAAGAAACAUUUUUGCCGCUUUCGCUUAUUAUCAUGAAAACACCUGUAUAAAGUUUGUUCCGAGAACUACUGAAACGGAUUACAUUUGGAUAUAUAACGGAACUGGAUGUACCUCUUAUAUUGGAAAACAAGCAAGCAACUAUCAACCUCAACCCGUAACACUUCAGGAUGGAUGCCACCGCCUUGGAGUGAUUCUCCAUGAACUUGGGCAUGCAAUUGGUUUCUUUCAUGAACAUGGAAGGCAUGACAGAGAUCAAUAUCUUGAAAUCCACUUAGAGAAUGUAGAUGAAAAGGAAAAACACAACUUUCGAAUAAUACCAUCAAGUGAGGCAAUCAAUUAUACUAAGUUUGAUUACCACUCAAUCAUGAUUUAUGACAGCAAAGCGUUUUCCAAAAAUGGUAAGGAUACCAUGGUACCUAGACAAGAAGGGGUGACUCUUGUGGAUGCCAACUAUAAAACGAAGCUGACAAAAUCUGACUUAAAAAGAUUCAACAGAAUGUAUAAGUGCGAAGUUUAAAUACUGUUAAUUUUGCUAUACUUCUUAUAAAAGCAAAAUAAAAUCAUAUGAGAAUAUAA